CUGUCAAUCAAAGCAUUCUUCUCGCUUGCUACCAUGUCCCCUACGUUCGGACGUAAAAGCACUCUUAUUGGCGGCAAUCCGGCGUAGAAAAGCGCAAAAAUCUGCAACAAAUUAACCGAUUCCGAGUUACAUCGAAUCUGAAGUAGACAAUCUAUGUCUUUAGCCACAUGAGGGGAUAACAUACGAUCGAAAUUUCGCGUUUGCUGUGGAAUGGACAGCACUUCUAUUAUUACUCAAGUCAGUCGGGACGACGAGUCAUUAAAUAUAAAUACGCAUCGAACUGACCACGUUGAAGUGUCGCGGAAGUCUAGUACAAAGAAAAGACGUCGCCGUGGUUUCAUCUCCUCGCUUUUUUGCUGCUUCGGCAGCAGAAGCCACAACUUCAACCAGGAUGUAAAAAGCAACGGCUCUGCGCUCGCAAACCAUGAGAGCCAGCCCGCAAUGCCAAUACCCGAAGAGAAAGAAAACAAGGGAAACCACCUCUUGCCUAGUCCAAGAGAAGACCAUAUACACAAGAAAUGCGUUGUUGUUGAUUUGGAUGAAACGCUUGUACACAGCUCAUUCAAGCCUGUCAGCAAUGCAGAUUUUAUCGUUCCUGUAGAAAUAGAUGGCACAGUCCAUCAGGUUUACGUUUUAAAAAGGCCACAUGUAGAUGAAUUUUUAAGGAAGAUAGGAGAAAUGUUUGAAUGUAUUUUAUUCACAGCAAGCUUAGCAAAGUAUGCAGACCCUGUUGCUGAUCUUUUGGAUAAACAUGGGACAUUUGUAUGUAGGCUAUUUCGAGAUUCCUGUGUAUUUCACCGUGGAAAUUAUGUCAAGGAUCUUAGCAAACUGGGAAGAGAUCUAAACAAUGUUGUCAUUAUUGACAACUCGCCUGCAUCGUAUAGUUUUCAUCCUGAAAAUGCUAUUCCUGUUGUAUCUUGGUUUGAUGACUAUAAUGAUACCGAAUUACUGGAGCUAGUACCGGUCCUUGAAACUAUAAGUAAUGUUGAUGAUGUUCGAGAACAACUGAAAUAUCUUAAUCAUAACUCACCAUAUAACACGGGGCAAUAUUAUUUAAAUGGAUCGUAGGUGAUAUAAUUGAUGAACCAACACACUCGAAAUACUACAGCUGCAAAUAUCUUGCAAAUUAUCUGGCAUGGAUCUAUGAGUCGAUCCAUGAAUCUGGUAUUCGUGAAUCAAUUGGUUAUUGCUUUGAACUAUUUUAACAAAAUCACCCUAUUCAAAACCAAAGAAAGUGAAGCAUAAAGUGCAGCAGUGGUAUCAAUUCAUAUAGACCAAAAUUUUACAGUUUUAAUAGGUGUAAUCAUUUCUAUAUAAAACUUAUAUUUUUGUACUUGUGUACACAUCAAAUUUUUUGAAAUGACACUGUAUUUCAACACUGAGAAAUUGAACCACAAACCACGAAAAAUACAUGAAGAACUGACAUGUUGAAAUUUUAGUUGUGACUUUGGAUGAAAAAAUAUUUUCUUUCAUAAAUAACAAUACAUGCCACAAUCCAAUGUCAGUUCUUUUUGUUAUUUUUCGCAAGGUCAACAUGGAUCAGCAUCAAAACAAAUGUUAUUAUAUGUAGUGUACAAAGUAAUAUUUCUAUAUAUGAUUUUCACAGAGUAUUUUUGUACAGACAUUUUUAGUCCACAUUGUAAUGGUGCCACACUGUGGUACAGUGAAUAAUUUCUGACACAUUUUUGUAUAUAUUCAUAAAAUAUUUUAAUUUUAAAUGUACUUUCAUUGGAAUUAAGAUGUUUUCAAAUAACUUUACUUUUAAAAUAAAAUAUAACAGAUGCA